AUGGGCAAUCGCCAUAGUCAGUCUUACCAACUUUCAGAAGGCAGUCGGCAGGUACCCAAAGGAAAAACCCCAUCGACUUCACCAGUUCAACCCCUGAACCAGCAGCCAGGGGGCCAACGACCAGGGAGCCAACAACCAGCCACUUCUUCAAGUCACCAAGGCUUUGAUGCUGCUGAAGAUGCCAAGAGGCUGCACCAGGCUUGCAAGGGGAUGGGAACUGACGAAGCUGCCAUCAUUGAAGUCUUGUCAAGCAGAACGGCAGGCCAGAGACAGCAAAUAAAGGAGAAAUACAAGGCUGAGUAUGGCAAGGACCUGGAAAACGUGCUGAAGAGUGAGCUCAGUGGGAAUUUUGAGAAGACAGCCUUAGCCCUUCUGGAUCUCCCAAGUGAAUACAGCGCCAGGGAGCUAAAGAAGGCCAUGAAAGGCAUUGGGACCAACGAAUCUGUGUUGAUCGAGAUUCUCUGCACCAGAACCAAUAAGGAAAUCAGAGCCAUAAAAGAGGCAUACCAAAGGCUAUUUGACAGUAACCUUGAAUCUGAUGUCAAGGGCGACACAAGUGGAAACUUUAAAAAGAUUCUCAUGUCCUUGUUACAGGCUGACCGAGAUGAAGGAGACUAUGUUGAUAAAGAUCUAGCCGGUCAGGAUGCUAAAGAUCUCUAUGAUGCAGGGGAAGGUCGUUGGGGCACAGAUGAGUUGGCUUUCAAUGAAGUCCUGGCAAAGAGGAACUACAAACAAUUGAGGGCCACCUUCGAAGCCUAUCAAAUCCCCUGCCAAGAGCCAGACAAGCACUUCACCUGUCUUCUCUCCUAACAGGUCGAUCUCCAGGGAGUGAAAGAAAGGUUCCAAGAGAAGUACCAAAAAUCUCUCGCAGACACCAUUCGGUCUGACACAUCUGGGGACUUCAGGAAGCUGCUAUUGGCUCUCCUACACUGAGCCUAGCCUGAAGCAGCAAGGACAGAGGGAAGAACUACCCUUAUCAUGGGCACUUUUCCAAAUCCUGAUGAAAAAUACGAGACAGGCAGGAGAGGCCAUUGAGCGCAUGAAUUUAUUUUCCAGCCCCUGUUUGCCACAGCCCAGCUAACAGGCUUAGUUCUUAGUGGGCUUGUGUAAUCCCAUGCUGAAAUGUAGCGGCAUAAAUGGUCUCUGUGCUUUUCCUUCUCUCUCUUUUUUUCCUCCUUACAGAAUGUUUACAGAGUACAACAGCAGAAG